AUGACUGUCCUCAGUAGGGUUUAACAUUAAUUACUGUUCUUCUUCUGGGAAUCAAAAGACUCAAAACCUCUCAAAAAUGUUCAAACGCUCACAAAUUUUACUCUUUAAAUCCAUCUUCAAGAACCCUUUUAGGUCUUCUCCAAGACCCGUUUCUCCAUUUCUCCUCAAUUCACUCUCUCAGAUCCCAACUCAGCCCCAACUCGGCGCCGACCCAGUCCCAUUCUCGAAGCGUCAAUUUUGCACAAUCCCAUAUUCGUUAACCUUGCAGAAAUCCCAUCUUGCUAGACCCUACAGCACUGAGUCGGGAGCUGAGUCAGGGGCCGAGUUGGAUUACAACAAAGAAGUGGACAUGAUAAACCUGAAAUUUGCAGAGGCGAGAGAGGAGAUAGAAAUGGCAAUAGAGUCAAAAGAGACGGUGUACUUCAAUGAGGAAGCUGAGUGUGCUCGAAUUGCUGUGAAGGAAGUUUUGGAUAGGUUUGAGGGGCUCUUGGGGAAGUUAAAAGAUAGUGAAAAGGAAGCUUUGCAGAGUUCUAUGGGGCUCAAGAUUGAGCAGUUGAAAGCUGAGCUUAAACAGUUGGAUGACUGAUUGACUCAUGAGAAAAAUUAAAACAGAGUGUGGACCAAGAACAAGUGAAGUGAAGGAUUCUGAGAAGUGGGGAAAGCCAAAUCUAUUGUCUGGCUUUGACAUGUGGGGAAUGGGAGUGGGCAUGGCCCUGCUUCUUCUUGUCUCCUUUUUCCCUGCUUCUUUGGUCCUACUUCCGCCAUUUUUAUUAUCAGUUGCUUUCUCAAGCUUUUCCCCUUUACAAUAUUUUCUCCAUUUUAGUUCACAGCAACUCUGCAACUCAUAGUGCUAGCACAUUUUUUUCACA